CUAUAAAUUAUUCCAAAAAUAUUUUCCUAUGUUUAUCCCACCCAACAUGCAAUUUUAAAGUAAAAUUCUUUAAAAUGAGAGAAAUCUGUAAAUUUAUAUUAUGCAAACGAGAAUUUAUUAUUUUCUUUUCUACGCCCCUUUAUGACAGUACGUCACUGGUAGACCGGAAACACUUGUCGCCAUAUUCGUCUAGUUCACUGUCAAAAUUAGACACCUUCGCGAUUCCAAGGUCGUUUAAUUGCACUCAUGGCAGACCGAUCCCGCUUUGUCCUUACACAUGUCUAUCUAUACUUAUCAUAUCAAUGAUGAAACCACAUGGUUACUGUCACUGUCAAGUGUGAUUGACAAGUAACAUAACCUCAGAAACAAAUGUGUGAAAUAAAACAAAUGUGCAAAAUAAAUUAAAUUGUUCAAAAUGCAAGUUUCCGAUCCAAAUAAUGUUAAAAUAUAUAAUUUAAGUGCAGGAAAAUCUUUACCAGAGUGGUUGUCUGAAAGAAAACGUCGUGCCUUAUUGAAGAAAAAUGUGGAUAUCAGAAGACGUAUUGAGCUUAUUCAAGAUUUUGAUAUGCCAGCGCUUAGUUCAACAGUAAAGGUUUCAAAAGAUGGCAAUUAUGUUUUAGCAACUGGUACUUAUAAACCAAGAGUAAAGUGUUUUGAUGUCAAUAAUCUAUCUUUAAAAUUUGAACGAUGUUUUGAUUCUGAAGCUGUAACUUUUGAAGUACUCAGUGAUGAUUAUAGCAAAUUGGUGUUUCUACAGUGCGAUAGAUAUAUAGAAUUUCAUGCAGCUUAUGGUAGAUAUUAUAGAUUGCGAAUACCAAAAUUUGGUAGGGAUUUGCAAUAUGAUUAUUCCAGCUGUGAUAUUUUUGUUGUCGGAGCUUCUCCAGAUGUGUAUAGGUUAAAUUUAGAAAGGGGACAGUUUAUGACUCCUUAUACAAGCACAGCUUCAUCCAUAAAUAAAUGUACAAUCAAUCCAGUACACAAUUUAUUGUUAUGUGGUACACAAGAAGGUAAAGUUGAAGCAUGGGAUCAAAGAAGCAAAAGUAUGGUCGGUAGUUUAGAUUGUGCAUUUACUUGCAUGAAUGAAAAUAAAGAUUUGGAAGGGUUUCCUUCAGUAACAUCCUUAAAAUUUAAUGGUGGUUUACAAUUAGGAGUUGGUACAGCUACUGGACAAAUAUUACUGUAUGACAUAAGAUCCAAUAAACCAUUUUACAUUAAAGAUCAUAUGUAUGGUUUACCUAUCAAGGAUGUUCAUUUUCAUUAUCAACAAGACUUGGUGUUUUCACUCGAUAGUACAGUAUUGAAAAUUUGGGAAAAAAAUAAUGGAAAAUUAUAUACUUCGAUAGAAGCCAAUAUUGAAUUCAAUAAUCUUUGCACAGUUCCAAAUACGGGUCUUUUCUUUUUGGCAAAUGAAAAUCCAAAAAUUCAAACUUAUUACAUCCCUAGUUUGGGCCCAGCACCAAAAUGGGCCAGCUUUUUGGACUCUUUGACAGAAGAAUUAGAAGAAAAUAUAAGAGAAAAUGUUUAUGAUGAUUAUAAAUUUGUUACAAAACAAGAAUUGGAGAAUUUGGGCUUAGAUCAUUUGAUUGGAACCAAUUUGAUGCGGGCCUACAUGCAUGGGUACUUUAUGGACAUUCGUUUAUAUAAAAAAGCUAAAUCAGUAGCUAAUCCAUUUGAGUUUGAAGAAUAUAGAAAGAAAAAAAUAAGAGAAACAAUAGAAAAAGGUCGUGAAAACAGAGUACAAGUCACAAAACUUCCUAAAGUUAACAAAGAUCUAGCUCUUAAAUUGAUGAAUGAUGAACAGAACAGUAAGAAAAAUAAAGUAGCUGCAACUACAAUUCUCAAUGAUAACAGAUUUAAAGCUUUGUUUGAAAAUCCUGAUUUUGAAGUUGAUAAGAAUACUGAUGAGUUUAGAUUGUUAAAUCCAGUUUUAUCACGUUUGGAUAACUCCAAAAUGAAGCAGAUGAAGCAGAAAUUAGUGGCUCAAGAAUUUGAACCAGUAGAUGAGGAAAUGGAAGGUAAAAACAGUUCUGAAGAAUCUGAAGAUGAUUUGGAAGAAGGCAAUGAAGAGAGUUCAGAUGAUGAACACACUUGGACUAAAGAAGUGAAAAAACAACAUAAGAUCAUUCAGAGAGAACACAGACAGAAAGAAUGGGAGGAAGAAAAGAGAGCACGUGAAGAGGAAAUGUUGAAACAGCCCAAAUUGUAUGAAUUGAGACAUGGAGAAGAAUUCAAAGGACUAAAUAGUCUUAAGAAGAAACUAAACAAAGCUUCGCUCAGUGAGAGAUUGAGCAAUGAAGACACGUCAGUUCGAUUACUGGGAUCUGUGGGUAAUAGAGAAAUGACUUUCUCAACUCGGAAGAAGAAAAACUUUUCGUUGGAGGAGAAGAAUAGAAGACAUAGAGAAGAAAGGAAACGUUUAGUGAGACCUGUGCAUGGCAUCAAGUCGAAGUUUAAAUCAAAAUUUGGUGGAAAUCGUCGUUGAUAAAAAUUGAUAACUAUUAUUAAGUUUAAAAUUUAUUUUUUAAGAAUAUAUGUAUUAUAAUAAAUAAAAAUAAAAGUAUAAA